GGCGGCAGUGUAUAGUUCCAGGACGGACGCGAUCGCCAUUGCCUUUUCUGUUAUUCGCACUUGCAGCCAGAUCGCAUCCAGCGCUGUGCUUUAGUUGUUCCCUUUUGUUUGUUCCGAUUGUUCGUGCAAUGGAACGGCAUCUUUGUUGAUCGUUAUUUUCAGUUACAUUUACCGAUCAUCAGCCCGAUCAUUAUUUUUCCCAUUGAACCCGUACAUGACUAGUUAAGUGUAGACAUUUCCAGUGUAUCGCAAGUAUGUUUGAAAAGUGACCUAGGAAGCAAAUAUUGGUUUUACGUAGCUAACUUUAGAUUUGCUAGGAAACGACAAUAACAUAUUUUAAGGUAGUUAAAAUAAUCCCGCCGCGAUCAGUGACCGAUCAUGUUACGAUCGCGCAGUUCGGUCGUACAAUUGAUCACAAUCGGUAGCGUGAUUUGUGCUGCCUUGGUGGUAGUUGAUGCGGCUCGCAAGGGAUCCAAGAUCACGGUCACCUGCUCGGAGGACGAAUUUCAGUGUGAUAGUGGAGCGUGCAUUCCGAAGGAAGGCCACUGCAACGGAAACAAAGAUUGCUCCGAUGGCAGCGAUGAAGCUGGAUGUGAUUUUUUCCUGUGCCUUAAACCGAUGUGGUACCGCUGUAAGCAUGACAACAGCUGCAUCAGUGCGUCGUUUCUGUGUGACAAGCACGACGAUUGCCCGCUAGGAGAUGAUGAGGAAAACUGCGAAAAUUUUGAGGUACCGCACGUCCCGGUCCCGUGCAGCAAGUAUGAGUUUACCUGCACGGACAAGAUGUGCAUUCCGGUGGAUCUAGUGUGCGACGGAACGGAGCACUGUCUGGACGGAUCGGACGAAACGAUCGGCUGCAUGGAUAUCGAGAGCAAGUGCAAAGGGUUCCUGUGCAAGAACAAACACUGUCUCAAGAGUCACGAUUGGGUGUGCGAUGGGAUCGAUGACUGCGGGGAUGGAUCGGACGAGGAGAAUUGUUUGGCGGCUUGUGAUCUGGAGCACGGGAAGUUCGAGUGUGCGGAUAAUCGGACCUGUAUCGAUUUGAAGCAGCUUUGCGAUGGGAAGGAUGAUUGUGGCGAUCGGAGCGAUGAGGGUGCGUUGUGCAGUUCAAAGGAGUGCGAUGAGUUAAAGUGUCCAGAGGGUUGUCAAAAUACGCCGCAUGGAGCGGUUUGUUUGUGCAAAGUAGGCUUUGUGUUUAGCAGAAAAACAAAAACGUGCGAGGAUAUCAACGAGUGCGAUCGGUACGGGUUGUGCUCGCAGGGUUGCGAAAAUACUCCGGGAUCGUUCAAUUGUACCUGUGUAAGCAAGUUCACGCUGCAAAAAGAUGGACGAACGUGCGAGUUAAGUGAACCCUCGGAGGCUCUGUUACUGUACUCAACACAAAAAUCCAUCGGUGCCUUAUACCUGACCUCCAAACAUCAGUAUUACGUAGCGAAAGAUCUAUCUCAGGUGAUCGGCGUUAGCUACGACGGUAGUCACGUAUAUUGGACGGAUAUUUCCUUCAAAACGGAAUCGAUCGAGCGAGCCGAGGAAGAUGGAAGCAAGCGGGAAUUAUUACUCACUUCCGGUCUAGCAUCACCCGAAGAUCUGGCAUUGGACUGGCUGACUGGAAACAUCUAUUUCAGCGACAGUGGCCAUAUGAUGAUAGCGGUCUGCUCGAACGAUGGAUUCCACUGCAAAAUGUUGAUUCAGGAUAACCUUCAUAAACCGCGAGGGAUCGCUCUACUUCCCCAAAAAGCGAUCAUGUUCUACUCCGAUUGGGGUAAUAAUGCGAUGAUCGGGACCGCCAGUAUGGAUGGAAAAAGUAAGCGGGUUUUGAUCGACACAGACAUUCACUGGCCGAACGGUUUGAGCCUUGACUGGCCGAACGAACGAUUGUAUUGGGUUGACGCAAAACUCAAGAAGAUCGAAAGUGUUCGGCUAGACGGCAGUCAACGACGGACUGUGAUCAGUGAUGUAGUGAAACACCCCUUCUCGAUCUCGGUCUACAACGAUCGACUUUACUGGUCUGAUUGGGAUACCAAGAGUAUUCAGUCGUGCGAUAAGUUCAACGGGAAGGAUCGUAAGACGCUGGUCCAUGAUCGACAGAUCUUCGACGUCCACGUGUACCACUCAAGUAUUCAACCGAAGGGUGAUCAUGCCUGUCUAGGUCACACUUGCUCGCACCUCUGCCUGUUGGCUCCAAACAACAGCUACAGCUGUGCCUGCCCGUACGGAAUGGCUUUGAAACCGGACAAACAUUCCUGCCAGGAGAUGGUAAAACGUCAGUAUUUACUUAUGGGAAUCGGUAACUACCUGGUACGGUUGGACAUUCCGGCAUUCGGUCGACACGAAACUAGCAAAGGUGACGCAUUCCAGUUCACGAUCAGCCGUAUGGUGUUCAACUCCAUAACCGGUGAACUGUUUGUCGCCGACAACAUCCAGAAGGUUAUUUUCACCGUGGAUAUAAAAGCGAAAACCUCCCGCAAGCUCAUCACCACCGGAAUUGGAAACAUUUCCGCGCUAGCCUUCGAUUACCUCGGCAACAAUAUGUACUGGUCGGACAGCGAACGGAGUACGGUUGAAGUUUUCUCCCUGCAAACCCACCAUCGUUCCAUCAUCCAGCACUACCUCGGAACGGAGUUCCCCAUCGGUUUGGCAAUCAUUCCGGAGAUCGGUAAAAUGUUCAUCGCGCUUCGUUCGGCCGAUCCGGAUCCGCAUACUCACAUCGAUCGGCAGGACAUGACGGGGCGGGGUCCCCACAAUCACAUCAUCGAAGAGAAGCUUAGCGGAAACGGGACGUUCAAUUUUGUGGUCGAUCGAGAUCUUCGAUCGGUUUACUGGAACGACAUGGGACUUAGUCGGAUAGAGUUCACCAGCUUCGAGGGAGAUACGCGGCACCUGUUCCGAGAGUAUCUCCGUAUGCCUGUCUCGAUCGCGAUCGUGGAGGAUAAUUUGUUCUGGACUUGUUAUCGAUCGCGGCGUCUGUAUUGGUCCGAUAAGCACAAUCUCGGUUUGACGAAGAAGAUCAACAUCGAAAAGCCACCGUUCGGAAUCUUCCCGGAUGAGAUCGUGCUGUUGGCAAGUCAGCCACUGCAGCGGUACGAUCACCCCUGUCAGAAGCAGAAUGGGGGAUGUUCGCACAUUUGUAUCGCUGCCGGGAUGUAUGCCAGUGCGUGUAUUUGCCCGACGGGAAUGAUCUUUAGUUCGCCGAAGAACACGACCUGUAUCGAUGCGAUCGAUUGUGAGUUCAAGUGCACGAGCGGUGAGUGUCUGACGAUCAGCAAACGAUGCAAUGGGAAUAAGGAUUGCGCCGAUGGUUCGGAUGAGAAGGGCUGCGAUGAACGCGAGAGGACGGCCAGUUUGGAGUGUAGCUUUGAUCAGUUUAUGUGUGCCGAUCGGAGUAAGUGUAUAGAUCAGAAGUUGCGCUGCGAUAAGCAUAAUGACUGCACGGAUCGAUCGGAUGAAAAGAACUGCGAGGGAUAUGAUUCGGGAAAGGGGUGUCACGAGAAUCAGCAUGCCUGUCCGGAUGGGUUGUGCAUUGAUUUGAACGCACUUUGCGAUGGGUUCCCGGAUUGUACGGACGGGUCCGAUGAGAAGGAUUGUACCAAUUUGAACAAUGAAAAGCACAAUGCAACAACGUGUGGACCGCUGAUGUUCCGUUGCAGUUCCGGACAGUGUAUUCCGAAUUGGUGGGAAUGUGAUGGACAUCCGGAUUGUGCUGAUAGUUCCGACGAGCAUGACAAGUGUUUGGCGAAGAGUGAGUGUCCGAAGGGAUUCACGAAGUGUGCGCUUGGUCAUUGUGUUGAAGAUCGGCUGGUGUGCGAUGGGAACAACGACUGCGGGGAUAAUUCGGAUGAGAUGAAUUGUAAGGUGGAGGCGGAACCGUGCGUUGGGUUGGAGGAGGAAAAUCCGACCAAGUUUUUGUGUCCCCGGUCAGGGAAGUGUCUGGAUAUUGCAGUUCGGUGCAAUGGAACUUCGGAGUGUCCCAACGGAGAGGAUGAAGCUGAUUGUACGAAUUGUGGGAUCCAUGAGUUUCAGUGCAAAAAUGGGCAGUGUAUUCGGAAAGAGUGGCAAUGUGAUAAGGAGGUCGACUGCGAUGACGGAAGCGAUGAGGUGGAUUGCGUUAACGGGACGACAGGAAGGGAGAAACAGUUCUAUGUCGCUUGCGGCGAGGGUUCCUUUGAGUGUAACCCAGGAGUCUGCAUCCAGAUGAGUAAAGUUUGUGACGGAAAGAAAGAUUGUGUAGAUGGGAAGGAUGAAGGGAAAGGCUGUGAUAGUGCAUGCUCGAAAAAUCCCUGCGAGCAUAAGUGCAUUAAAACUCCAACUGGACCGGUUUGCGAUUGUCGCGUAGGGUUCACAUUGGCAGGAAACAGAAAAUCUUGCCUGGAUAUCGACGAGUGUGCGGAGAGAAAACCAUGCGCACAAAUUUGUCGCAACACGCGGGGAUCAUUUCGAUGUUCAUGCAACCCUGGAUUCAUGCUUCGGUCUGAUAAAAUCUCCUGUAAAGCGGUAGGACCAAGCCGCUACAUACUCUACACAUCAUACAACCAAAUUCGAAAGCUUGAAGUGCGACCUCCUUCGAUCCGGGUUCUCCUUCAAACCAACGAAUCCAGCAUUACCGACAUGGAUGUUGACGUCCGCCGUCAGAUGCUCUACUAUACCGACGAGUAUAGCCCAGUCAUCUACGAGUACGAUCUUGUUCACAACACCACCCUAGCGCUGCGUAACGUUGGCCACCCGAACCACUUAGCCGUAGACUGGAUCACCGGGAAUUUGUACUUUUUCGAUAAUUCCGAACCUUCCAUCAAGUUGUGUUCAAUUCAGCGGCAAGCGUGCGCCAGACUAAUCACCUUCCCGUCGCAGGUGUUCAUCAAAGCGCUGACCAUCGACCCCAUCAAUCAUGUUCUGUUCUAUGCGCAGAUGCAUUUCUGGAUCUUCGAAAUACCACACUCCAUCAUUUACCGAGCCAAUUUGGAUGGAUCUCAUCAGCAAAUUGUCACAAAAAACGUAGCUCACGUCACCUCGCUAGAGUGUGACACGGAAAAUCGGAUUCUCUACAUGAUCGACAUGAACACAAAAUCGAUCAAAAUGAUCGAUUACGACGGGAAGAAUCUCCGUACCGUGGUCGAGAAACAAACCUUGGCGAUCAAUCGACCGAUCGGUUUCACCGUGUACGAGAACCAAGCUUUGGUUCUGAACAUGGCCUCCUCGACCGUAGGCCAGUGCAAACUGUACGGUGAUUACGAAUGUAAGCUGCUGGAGCUGAACAAGCACAACUCCAACCAGUUGUUGAUCGUACAAGAAUCCCGCCAGCCGAUGGCAGAAAAUAUCUGUGAUGCGAAGAAAAUCAACUGUAGUCUCAUUUGCAUACCAUCUGAAAAUGGUGGAAAAUGUAUCUGUCACAAUGGCGAGCACGUCCGCGAGGGCGACAUAUGUCCUCAAACAUCCCAGGACAUGACGCCCCACAUCACUCCACAUCUGCGAAUUCCAUCCGCUUCACUGGCGAACUCUUCGGCUGGAUCAACCGGUUCGUCCUUCACCAACAUUUUCGUAACCCUGCUGAUAGUAGCUCUGCUGGUAGGAGCCGUCGGUUACUACUACAAACGUCGCUAUAGCCGGAAGUUCAGCGUAGGAAUGCACUUCCACAAUCCGGAGCUGAGUACCUUGGAUGCAGCUCAGGUUAAAAUGUUCCAGGGGCCACCGCCGCGGCUGAACGAAACGGUCACCCAUACGGAGCUGACACUGGAAACUACUCCGCCGUCACGACUCCACGGAGCGAUCGGUGGAUGUGGAGGAUCGUUCAGCGGUGGAACGGAUCCUAGCUUGAGCGAUACCCAAGUCACGGCGCGUCACUUUGACAUCACUACCACGGCGAUCGAGCUGGAAAACAUGUCCGACGCGGACUCGAUGAAGGAUGCGUACUCCUGCGAGGAUGAUCUCCGGCAGAGGUUGAUCAUGUGAUGACCGCGAUGCCCAGGAAGGAUGGUCAUGCGGUUUUGGUUCGUACAAAUGGUUUUUUGUAGUUGUUAGUAUGAUAAGUUUGUAGUGUGUAGCAAUGUUUUGUUAUUUGAUUACGCAAAAUAGAGUUAUCAAUUGUGGAAUGUUC